GGAAAAACGAGCGAAAAUCGUGAGAUAAUUGUUUACGAUUAUGUUUUAAAUCAUCAAAACCACUAAUUGUUGAAUUAAAAGAGUGUAAUUUUAGUCAGCAGUGAAAUAAUCAUACAUACAAUAGUUUAAAGCUAUCUUUUUAUCAUUGAAAUGUGUUAAUUCCGGCAUAAUGCCUCCUAGGACUCGCACAGUCAGAGCGCCAAAAGCGUCCAAAGAAAAUGUAGAAAACCUGCUAAAAACUCAGGCGAAAAACACAGGGCAAGUCAUAAAACCGGCACGUAAACCUUUAGCGGACAAAACGAACUCUGCUUCAGAUGAAAAUACUAGUCCAGAGCCUGACAAAAAGGUUAUCAAGAAGUCGAACAAACCAAUACUAAAACCUAUUGCAACCGUUCCUGUUACUAACGAAGAAAAUAGACCACGUCGAAAUAGGCGUCUGCCACCUAGAUUUGUUGAAAACGAAGUGUUGAAAAACCUGUCUAACAGUAAAGAAAACGCAGUUUCUCCUAACAAGUCACUUAACAAAACCCCUGUUAAAAGCACUGUGAAUGUAGAAUCGCCAUUCAAAACGCCAACUACAGUACUAGAUAACAGUUUGCUUGCAAAUAGACCGAAGAGAGUCAGCAGGCUACCUUCUAAAUUUGAUGAAAAUUCAAGUCCUGACAAGUUUUUUUCGACUCAUUGUCACACUAGCACACCAUUGGUGUCUAAAGCACAUGAGAAGCCUAAACAUGUUAGAAAAGCUGUUGUUGGCAAACAGAAACAAGUCCAACAAGAAAAAAUUGAAAAUGCACCAUUACAAAUAACACCUCAAAGAGUUUCACCAAGGAAAGGUACAUUGCUGAAAGCAGCACCACAAAAUACUUCAUCAGCAAAAACUACCUCACAGAAAGUAACACCUCAAAAACAAAUACCCAACAAAGUUACUCCACAGAAAACUAAUGUCACUCAGAAAAAACUUGUACAAAAGAAAUUAAGUAAAGUUGCAAAGAACAACGUAGAUACAAACUUAAAUCAUAAACAAGACAGGGUAAGACGGCUAAGAAAACCUGUAGAAUAUAAAGAGGAUACCCUAAGUCUUAAAGUUAAGAGUCCAGAAAAGAAAUCAACGAACACUGUAGGCAGGAAAACUUUAAAUGCAAAUUCUUCAUUUAGAAUUCUAGAAGAGAAAAAAUCGAAAAAUGGUGAACAAGAUAUUUAUGAAUUCACAUUUGAUCCAACUGAAGAACCUGCACCUCAAAAGAAGAAAAAGAAGAAAGUUACUACUAGAAAACCGACCAAACCAAAAACAAGAGUUUAUAACAACAAUUAUGAGAAAAACAUCGCAAGAGCUUUAGCAGACUUGAAAAAUGUAGUUUCUAAACAAAAACCGGAGAGUGAAACAGCCACAAAAACCUCAAAUACUGUGCAACUAGGUAAUAAUGUUAUGCAACCAGCAAGUAACAAAGCAGCAAUCUCUGCACCUAACCCAUCUUCAAUAGUCAUCAGCACAGUUGCGGAGAUACACCCUGAUUAUGAUAAAAACAUGGUAAGAGCUUUGGCAGACUUCAAAAAUGCAGUUUCUAAACCAAAACCGGAGAGUGAAACAGUCACAAAAACCUCAAAUACUGUGCAACCAGUUAAUAAUGUUGUGCCACAAACAAGUAACAAAACAGCAGUCUCUGCAUCUAAUCCAUCUGUCAUCAGCACAGUUGCCGAGAUACACCCUGAUCCAGCUCAAAAUACUUCUGUAAGAAGUAAUGUGUCCACUAAACAUGUUUCAUACAGGGUUGAAGACAUUGCUGCUGAUUUUGAUGCUUCCAUGGAUCAUGAAAUUAACUACUCUCCAGUGAACUCUCCUCACAGAAUUGAACCAGAGCCAGAAAUUUGUCCAUCCAAUACAAACCCAGAGUACAUUAGGCCUGAUGAUCCUCUAAAUUUACGUAAUGAUUUAAGCUUCUUUGAUGACCAACCUGUUGCAAAUAGUAGUAUGAAUGCAUCAAAGAACCCAACUGCAACGCCAUGGCGUGCUGAAUUUGAAAAUCUACCCAUUAAAUGGCAGGCAAACACAUAUGUGAAACCAGACAUGACUCCGGCUUUAGAGUGCUCUUUUGUCAACCAUUUUGAUGACAGCAAGAAGAAACAUGUUUAUACUAACAUGGUUACAGAAUAUAAUGAUGCUUUACCAGAACUAGAAGAUGCGGCUCCCAAGUUAAAGCAAACAAGCAUCAUUUCAUUUAUCAAAGAAGUUGUUGAGAAGAAAUCUAAUAGAAAGAAGAGGGGAGCCUCAGCCACACCUUCAAAAGCUAAUUCAUUAUUUGAUAUAUCUAAUGUAAUAUCAAGAAGUGUAGCCACACCAAGGAAAGAAACAUCUGGGGUUUCCAACAACAGUGCAGAAAAUGAAACUUGUGACCGCAACAAACCACAGAAACGAAAAAAUAAUGUUGAUAAUAAUCCCACUCCAGCAAAACUACCUCGUAAAGACAAUGAGAAUACACUAUUCGGUUUUGAUGACAGUGAUAAUCAGGACCAAGAGAAUGUUUCACCAGUAAAAGUAAAUAACAGAUUACGAAGCCUCAGGUCACGAUCAGGAGCUGUGCUCAAAGAUAUAAAUAAGCAAACGGGACCUAUGAGGGCUGAGUUACCCGUUGCAAUGAAGGCUAAGCUUGCCCCAAGCUCAGAGGCAGUAGAGAAGAUCUAUGAUCAGAUGAAGCCUGCCGCUGAUGCACCUGUAUUGCCAGAUAAGCAGGGAGAAGCUGAGGUUACAAAUGUUGAGAUGGCUGAUGGCUUGGAAGAUGAUAGCCAAUCAGUGCAUUUAUUUGAAGACAUUGAGUUAGUUCAUCAUUUGAAGCCAACCCGCAAAAGCUAUGGCAAGGCCAAAAAGGUGACGUUCCAAAACACAUCCGACAGCGCGUCGGAGGACAAAGCCCGCAAUCAGUCCAGUGAUGAUGAAGUCGACAACCUUGAAGACCUAAGUUUCCAUCUACCGCAGGUUAAGGCCAAGAAAGCCACUAAGAAGAAGAAAACUAAGAAACAGGUGCUGUCGAAGAAAGAGAAAGCGGAGGUGGACGCCUGGGCAGCAUGUUUCAACUCGAUGUGCGAUGACAUUGAAGAAUUUGACUUGGUGGUUGAGUAGAUCUGUAAAUAUCAAGGAAAUCAUGGAGCAGUCUUCUAAGUUUAAUGCAAGAACAAUGAAAAUGAGUUGAAAUUCCAUGGAGAAUGUAUCCUUUUCAUUGUUUUUGAUUAUUUUUAUGUGUGUUUGGUUACAACUGAAGAUUACCACAGUCAGGCUUAUUAGAGUAAGAAUAAUGCUUACUAAAGCCAUCCCAAUUUUUUUAAAGAUGAUCUUUAUGUUUUGAGAAGAUACUUAUUCUUCUAAACACUAAACCCGCUGUUUUACAGCUGGUAUUUUUAUUUUAUUUUAAAGAUUCAAAGUCAUCUAUCACGUUAAUAACAGUAUUCGUUGGCUACACUUUGACUUUGCUAACAAAACGCACUCGAGAUACUCUUAGUUUAGUAUUCUUAAAAUUGAGAAUAGACAAACCUAUGUUCACUUGAACAUUUACGCCAUUCUCAUUCCACUCUUUAUUGUCUUAGAAAUAAGUUUAAUCUCGUGUAAGUUAAGGCGGCCAUUGACAGUUCUGGCUCUUGUGUAUAAAUUAGUUUUAUUAUGAGUUUAUCAUGUCAAGACUUAGCUUUUAGUUUAAAAAUAAUCAAGAGAUUUAUCUUAGCGCGGCCAUAUUUAAUAUUUGCCAUUUACGAGUUUAAAAUUCGUCACAAUUUUAUUUUUACAUAACAACGCGUUUUUUCUACAGAUUAAGUAUAAUAUUUUUAGUUUUACUAAAGUCUUAUAAGCGGAGACUAGAAAUUUUGUAAAUUUUGCCAUGUCAACUUCUGUGAGGUUAUAUUUUAUCAGUUCAAAUAUGCAUAUUCUUUUUUUUUAUAAUCAAGCAAACAUGAUUAAAAAAUAUACCAUACACUCUUUUGGAUAAACAUACGUAACAUUUAUAUCAUUUUAAAUAAAUAUCAAAUCAUAACAUUCAGCAGUUACGUAUGUGUAUAGUUAGAAUUUUUUAAGAUAUCUAAAUGUUAUGAACUACUUUUGGGACACCUUAAAAAAUUCCAUACUUAAGGUUUUUUUGGCACGGAUUCGCUGCUAAGUUAAAUUAUGCAUUUAAAGUACAAGUUUAUAGUAAGUAAGUGAAAUCUAAUAUAAGUUGUGAGUGUGGUUAUGUUUAUGUGUGAUGUGAGAUUUUAUGUUUUAAGUGUCUUAAUUAAGUUGAAUUGACAUUUUGAUCUGUAUUAAUCUUAAUUUUAAUAUCGCGAAUGUUGAUAUUAUAAUGUGAUUUGAUUUUAUUAACAAUGCCGGGCAUAGUGUUUUUUUUUUAACAUUACUAUUGAGCAAUGAUUCAGAUUCAGAUUCAAUGAUUAAUUUAUUAAGUUAAAAUGUGUAAAAUAUAAGAAAAAAUAUCGCCUAGUUUGUUAGUUGAAGAAAAUGACGCUGUAUAGGGAGCGUAAAUGAACUACAGUUCAUAAGCCAGCGCAGAAGCCUCUUAUUUAUUGGCGCGAAGCAUGAUGUCAUAUUUCUAAUUUUAGAUUCAAGCCACUAGAUGGCAGACCGUAGGGUUAGUAGUAACGCGCAAUAGAACGUGCGUGGACUGUAGGGGGCAGCACCUGCUUAUAGGCGUUAAUUGUUAAAGUUUUCGAUUGAGGCUACGAGGUGGCAGACCCUCCAACACGCACAGUUUCUAUUUCUAUGGCGCUAUAUCUUUUGGUAACUUAAUUGUCAAAGUUCAACUUUUGAUAACCCUCAUACGGACCGUGCGCGUUGAGGGUCUGCCAACUGGUGGCUUGAAUCAGAAACAUAAACAUGUACAUUGCCAAAGCAAGUGCUACCAUUUACCUUUCUCGUACGUCUUCUUGUGGUUCUUGUUCAUAGUAGGUUCUGCCAUCUUGUGGGCUACAUAGGAAGCAUAAACUUCACAUUUACGCCUCGCGCCAAAAUUCUGACGGCUCCUGCGCUGCCCCUAUAGUUCAUGCACGCUCCCUAUAAUUUACGGAGCCGUACAGCGCCAUCUACACUAGCUGUCAAAUUCAAAGCACUAUUUGCAAUUACGACAAUAAUGCGACGAAUUGUCAAUGUUUUAACAUUGUUAUAUUUAAAUAAUUAACAAAUUACUCUAUAAAGAUUUAUUUAAAUAUUAAUUUCAGUAUACCACGUGUAUGCAUUUGUUACUAUGGUCAGUGUUUGACAAUAAGUAAUUUUGAUACCUCAGUAAAGGGUUACCCUCAUCUGGCAUAAUAUUUUUUUGUCAGAAAUACACUUCGCAUAAUAUGUAUGGCAGAAACACUUUUAGUCGAAUAAUAAUUUUGCAGAACCAUUACUUGACACUGUUACUACGCAUACAAUACAUAUUGCAGCAUAUUAUUUAGCAGAAGAUUACUUUCGCCGACUUUAGUUUAGCAUAAUUGUAUGUACCAUAAUCAUCCUGCAGCAUACUCUUAUUAUGGCAUAAUGAUUUUUUCUGCUAGCAGAAAAGUGGGUUAUGUAAGAACUGCGACCCCAACAAAAUUUAACCUGUGCCAGAAAAGAAGGUUAUGUUAGGUUGGAACUGCGGUCUCCUAUAAAAAAAACCGGCCAAGUGCGAGUCGGACUCACACACGAAGGGUUCCGUACCAUUAACUAUAAAAACGGUCACCCAUCCAAGUACUGACCCCGCCCGACGUUGCUUAACUUCGGUCAAAAAUCACGUUUGUUGUAUGGGAGCCCCACUUAAAUCUCUAUUUUAUUCUGUUUUUAGUAUUUGUUGUUAUAGCGGCAACCGAAAUACAUCAUCUGUGAAAAUUUCAGCUGUCUAGCUAUCACAGAUCACGAGAUACAGCCUGGUGACAGACGGACAGCGGAGUCUUAGUAAUAGGGUCCCGUUUUUACCCUUUGGGUACGGAACCCUAAAAACAAACGGCUGCCAGAAAAGUAGGUUAGGUUAGAACUGCGAGUGCGAACCCCUGCAAAAACGAACAGUUGCCAGAAAAGUAGGUUAUGUUUGGUUAAAACUGCGACCUCGUCCAAAAACGAACGGCUGCGGCUGCCAGAAAAGUAGGUUAGGUUUUAGGUUAGAACUGCGACCUCAACAAAACCGAACAAAUGCCAUAAAAAUAGGUUAGGUUAGAGCAUAACAUUAAGAUUAACAUUAUUUUUAGCCUACUUUGUCGUCCCACUGCUGGGCAAAGCCCUCCCCUCGUUUUCUCCACUUAUUAGAUUAUGAAAUUAAUUUUAUAAUAUUUUUACCUGACUUCAUAGUACUGAUAAUUUUACCGUAUAAACACACUUUAAAAACUAGCCAACAGAAAUUCCAUCACAACUGUCCGUCUAUCUGUUACCUCUUCACGCCUGAACCGCUAAAGUGAUUUAGAUGGAAUUUGGUAUGUAGGUGGUAUGCAGAUAGUUUGAGACCCGUGGAAGGACAACGGUACCUCAUUUAGAAUGUUUAGAUCAAUCAUUAACACCAUUCCACGUAGACGAAGACUCAACUUUGUAACUUUAUACCACCUAAAUAUUAUGCAAUACAUUUAUCUGCCAAAUCAAUAUUCGUUUAAAAGACUAUUAUGAACAUCAACAGUAAGCCAAAAUAUAGUUCCGGAUUAUAAAACUACGAAGUGAUUGUAAGCAACUAAAUGAUACUAUGCGAAAAGUAAUUCUGCCAAACGACAUUUCUGCCAAGUAACAUAUGCAAUACAAAAAUACAUAUGUCAAAAAGCUUUCUGCAACACAUUAAUAAACCCUCAGUUAAAAUACUACUCAAUGUUUCUCUAGAAUCUAGAAUAUUUAAUCUUGGUGUGGGAUGAUUUUAUCUGAAGGUAUCAAUAACUGUACCUACAUUAUUUGCUAAUAAAUA